ACACACAGCUGUCAUUCCCCCUUAGGACUGGUCUGGCUGAGGUGGUGGAGGCGGCAGUGGGGGGCUCUCGUGAGUAGGAAUGCUGAGCUCAUGGACCAAGGCGGUCGGGGGAACCAGAAUCACCGUUGCUUGUUUGCGUGACAGGACCUCGGACACUCUGAUCCAACCUUCAACAGCUGAGCCAAGAGGGACAAGAAGGUUUUCCUGAGGAUCAUAAUCAAGGAGAACUGUUUCAAGAGUCCCAAGCUUCUCCAACCAAGGAAACAAGCCUGAAGUGUGAGGCCGGCCAGAGGAGAACUGUCACCCAGCAGAGGCAAGGAGAGGGAGCUUUCAUUGCAACUUGAGCCACUGGGUCUUGCCCUAAAAAUACAUAUUUGCAGAAGAGCCGGUGCUUUCUCAAACCUGUUUAAUAACCUGAUAAUCAACGUUUAUGCCAUCCCCAUUUGGACAGCAAACUAGGGGUAUUACAGCACACCUCUACACAUUUGGUCAAUGUUACUUAAUAAUGUAAUGAUACUGAUCACAACUUGUGAUUGGUUCUCAAAGAAAUCCAUCUGAUCUCAAACUUUUACUAUCACCGAUAUCACCAAUGUGAGCAGCAUGUUGGCUGUAACAUCUUAGGAGUUUAGUAUUGUCUCUCAAGUCCUUUCUCCUGUGAGAUCACUCCGUUCCCAGACCAUUCUACCAGGAGGGCCAGGCCCCCAUCCAGGACCUCCGUAAGGGUCAUCGAAUCAGACCACCGCCGCCAUGAGGAAGGCAGAGGUCCAAACCACCCAGAAGAGGGGCGCCGCCGACGAGGCAGGCCCUCGCUCCGGGGGGGUGGACCCCCCUGUCCCCCCAAAGCGCUCCAACACGACCCAAAGCGCUCCUCAGCCUCGGCAGCCCUCGCCGACGCCGCCCGCCUUUUUGCGCAAGAUGAGGAACGCGGCAGUGGGCACGGGCUGCGACAUCCGCCUGAAGGUGAGCGUGGGCGGGGACCCCCAGCCCUCGCUGUACUGGUACCACAACGACGACCUGCUCAACAUGGACAACCAGGAGUACGGGGGCCUCUGGAUCAGGGACUGUAAGCCUAGCGACGCCGGCCUCUACACCUGCAUCGCCAGCAACCACCUGGGGGACGCCCGCAGCAGCGCGGUCCUCGCUGUCCUGGAUCUGGGAGAAGAUUCAGAGACUACAGAUGAUGAAGGUGGGGACCAGAUUGAGACCAAAGAUGAGGGUGGAGAUUAUGAGGAACGCCCUGUGAAUACACUGAUGGACAAAUCUGCAAAUGAAGAUGACCCUGAGUAUUCUAAGGCAACCAGUCAAUCUCCCCCUCAAGUCCUGCCGCCCCCAUCUCCAAGGGUCAACAGGCGUUCCUCAGCCUCUCCGAGUCGCUCUGGCUCAACAACGCCCAUUAGUUUCAGUGGAAGGAAAAAGGUCCCCGUUCCCACCGACUACCAGGACACGGUGCCUGGGGAGUUUGAAGAGAAGGUCCGACAGCCCAAAUCAGUUGGCAUGUCCCAGGGCAGCACCCACGACUCCCGACCCCAGACCCCUGUGAGCGAGUACUCCUCCCGGAAGGACCUUGCAACCAGGCCCUCCCCGAAGCUCACCAGGGCGAGUUCCAAGGUUUUUGAGAAGGUGCGAGGUUUGGAGGAAAGAAGACGCAGCCUCGACCUUCCCGAAGGCUCCGUCUCGGGAAGAUCUUGGGCCGGAUUCAACCGCGAAGGGUCUGUUGACUCAGACGACGGUGGAAGCCGGCUAGGGAUCUCCAGGGAGAGUUCCAGAGAAGACCUACGGGAGGCUCUGAAGGAGGAUGCGGCAGAGAGGAGGUCGAUGUUCAGACAGAGGGCCGCCUCGCUCGAAGACAAGCCUCGCUACACGCAGAAGGUUCAGGACAUCGAGAACAAGUUCACAGAGGAGCUCCAGCGCAUCAAGAAGCUUGUGGGCAAACCCCACAUGAAGAAGUCUUUCUCAACCGAGCAACUCACCUCGAGGGGACGGCAACGGCAGCCUUUUAGGAAACUCGAGCCCAUACCUCCACAAGUAAUCCAGAAGCUCCAGGAGAGGGAACAGGCACAGUGGGCCAAGGAACAGAAGGAAAACGAGCCAGGUAAACUAGGUUCUUCCUCAAGGUCACCACAGAACCUCGGUAACCCACCAGAGUCAAUGCAGUUAUCAGACCUACCGGGACAAUGUUCAAGGAGGGAAAUGGCCAGUCCGGUGAGGGAAAUCAUUCAGAGGUCACCAUCGCCCGCUGCUACUCGAGCGCUACGAGCAGAAUCACCGAGCACAAACGUUGAAUUGUCAUUGCGUAAAGUUGAACGAAGACCGCCAAGUCCGCUAGUGCAAAGGGUAUCUCGAGUCCAAGAACCACCACACACACAGCCGGUGUCUCCUGUGCAAAUGUCUACAAAAGACGAGAUUUCAGGGCGGAAGACACCCAUAGAAGUUGCCCUGCGGAGGAUUGAAAACAGACCAGAGAGUCCUCUGGUGCAGAGAAGAACUACGAUGAUGCAGGAGCUCCCUGUACAACAAGCAGCAAAGCCAGCGGGGGUGACACCAUUAAGUCCAUCGGAGGAGAAAAUGGAGGUUGAGGACACGAAGCCUGCAGCCUCCAAGCUGAGCAUCCCAACCAUCGUGGUGGAGGACGAGCCUGUGGAACAGACUCAGCAGGCGCCGCAGGUCAAGAGCGCCAAAGGAGGACCAGCGCAGAAGACCAAAGCCAAGAGUCGCAGGAUGCGGCCCAUGUCUCCAGAGCUCGAUUCUUCCGAUGACUCCUAUGUGUCUGCUGGUGAGGACCCGAUGGAGGCCCCGGUGUGUGAAUGUCCCCUUAAGGACACCGUCUCAACCGCCGGAACCGACGUGCUCCUGAAGUGUGUCAUUGCCGGCACCCCUCUUCCCGAAGUGACAUGGAGAAGAGAUAACACCGUCAUCACUGGCAGUGCUAAAUGUGUGCUGAAGGUGGAGGGCGAUCGGCAUAGCCUCCUCAUCAAGUCUGCAAAAGCGAGCGACGCAGGGAAAUACUCUGUCACUGCAGUCAACGAGGUCGGCAAGGUCUCCACAACUUCCACCCUUGUCGUCAAAGCAGGCUUGGUUCAGGAGCCCCGGGGGACCCUGGGGCCGCCCAGGAACGUCAGCAGCCCCAUCACGUCCGACGAGGAGUACCUCAGCCCCCUGGAGGAAGGCCUAGACAUGGGGCCGCCGGGACCCCGGCGGGUCAUCGACACCCUGUUCAAGGAGCCCCCCACAUUCCUGGCAACCAUGAGUGAUCAGGCUGUCAUUGAGGGACAGGAAGUGACAUUGUCCGUGCGAAUAAGUGGACAACCCAAACCAAUGCUUUAUUGGCUGAGGGACAGGGUGACGGUGAAAACAGGCCUGCGGCACGUGGUGCGCGAGGUGGAGGACGGCGCUUUCGAGAUGAACAUCCUGUCUGCAAAGCGGUCUGACACAGGGGUGUACACGUGUAAAAUCAUCAACGAGUACGGCACCAAGCAGUGCGAAGCAAGGCUAGAGGUCAAAGCCCCGGCGGUAGAGCCCGGUCUGGCAGUGAUCCGCCCCGUCCGGGACAUCACGGCCAAGGCGGGGGACACUGUUCUGUUUGAGUGCCACGUCAUGGGGCCCCAGGACACGGACGUGGACUGGCUGGCCAACAACAAGCUGAUCCAGCCCGCGCUGCUCAACUGCAAGAUGCACUUCGACGGCCGCAAAUGUCGCCUGUUGCUCAACUCGGUGCACGAGGACGACAGCGGCACAUACGUGUGCAAGCUGAGCACGGCCAAAGAGGAGGUGACCUCCAGUGGGAAGCUGAAGGUCAUUCCCUCUGUCCAUCCCCUGUUCACUCGUAAGCUGGACGUGCUGGAGGUCAUUGAGGGUCGCAAUGCUCGCUUCGACUGUAAAGUCAGCGGCACCCCUCCGCCAAACGUCACCUGGAGCCACUUUGACCAGCAGCUGUCCGACAGCGAGGACGUGCACAUCGUGCAGGAGGGCGGGCGCCACUCGCUCAUCAUCUGCCACGUGACCAAUGAGGAUGAGGGGUUCUACACGGUCAUGGCGCGCAAUGGCCAGGGCGAGGCGGAGAACUCUGCGGAGCUCUACGUCCAGGAGCCACGGCCCGCAAUCUCCUCCCAGAUGGCGAAGCUGGAGAAGAUGCCAUCCAUCCCGGAGGAGCCGGAGGUGCCGGAGAGCGAGGUGGAGCGCUUCACCAUGCCCGACUUCAUCAAGCCGCUGUACGACCUGGACGUGGUGGAGGGCAAGGAGGCGGUGCUCAAGUGCAAGGUGGCCGGCCUGCCCUACCCCACCAUCGCCUGGUUCCACAACGGCAAGAGGAUCGACAGCACAGAGGACCGCAAGAUGACCCAGUUCCGGGACGUCCACAGUCUGGUGAUACGCUUUGUGUGCCAUUCCCACGGCGGCGUCUACAAGAGCGUCAUCUCCAACAAGAUCGGCAAGGCAACGUGCUACAGCCACCUCUACGUCACAGACAUGCUCCCUGACCCACCAGAGGGGGCCCCAGUGGUGGAGGCCAUCACUGGGAAGACGGUCACUCUGUCCUGGAGGAAGCCAAGGAGGCUGGACCCCUCCAUUGAGGCGGGCUCCCUGAUGUACGCCAUCCAGCAGCAGGCGCUGGGAUCCAUCCAGUGGACCAUAAUAGCCUCCAGCCUGAAGGAGACCGGCUACACCAUCACCACCCUCUCCAAGGGCGUCCGCUACACCUUCAGGGUGCUCACCAUCACCUCCAAGGCCUUCAGCAAGCCCUCCGCUGCCACCGAGCCCCUGCAGCUGCUGGACAGAGGUCCCUACCUCCAGGAGUGUCCGGUAAUAACGGACAAGCCAGACGUGGUGUUUGUGAUGGAGAACCAGGCGGUCGCCAUCACAGUCACGCUCAACCAUGUCAACGCCGUCGUCAUCUGGCAGAGGAAAGGCGUGGUUCUAUCCAGUAAGCCUGGUGUGUAUGAGAUGGGGAUGCCUGACGACGACCAGCACACGCUGAAGCUGCUGAAGGUGAAGAGCUCUGACGUGGGCCCCAUGUCCUUUGUGGCGUCCAACAAACACGGCAACGACACCUGCACCUUCCCCGUGGAGAUGGCCGCGGCCCCGACCUUUGAGACCAUCAUGGAGGAUCUGGACGUGUGCGUGGGAGAGACCCCCCAGUUCGGCGUGGUGGUGGAGGGGAAGCCGGUCCCAGACAUCCUCUGGUUCAAGAAUGACGUCCUGCUGGCCGAGAGCAGCCAUUACACAUUUGUGUACGACGACAAUGAGUGUUCCUUGGUGAUCCUAAACACGCGCCGAGAGGACUCUGGGGUGUACACAUGCACAGCCAGGAACCUGGCGGGAUCCGUCACCUGCAAGGCUGAACUGACGGUGCACGCAGCUAAAAGGAAAGAGAAUCCCAUAGAAGACGAAAAGACCAUUUUGCGAAAGAUGCGCAGAAUGACCGAUUACUACGAAAUCCACAAGGAAAUUGGAAGAGGUGCGUUCUCCUAUGUGAAGCGCGUGGUCCUGAAGGUAGGCAAGACGGAGUAUGCCGCCAAGUUUAUCUCGGCCCGCGCCAAGCGGAAGGCGUCCGCGCUGAGGGAGAUGAACCUGCUGGCCAGACUCGACCACGAGAGGAUCCUGUACUUCCACGACGCCUUCGAGAAGAAGAAUGCUGUCAUCAUCGUCACUGAGAUAUGUCACGAGGAGCUGCUCGAGAGAUUUGUCAAGAAAUCUAUUAUCACGGAGUCUGACGUGCGCUCCUGUAUGAGGCAGCUGCUGGAGGGACUGGACUACCUUCACCAGCAGAACAUCAUCCACCUGGACAUCAAGCCCGACAACAUCCUGAUGAGCGACGCCCACAGCGAUCAGAUCCGGCUCUGUGACUUCGGGAACGCGCUGGAGCUCACGCCCGGCGAGGCCCAGUACUGCAAGUACGGCACCCCCGAGUUCGUAGGGCCAGAGAUCGUCAACCAGUCCCCCGUCUCCAAGGCAACCGAUAUCUGGCCAAUCGGAGUCCUUGCAUAUUUGUGCCUGACGGGGGUUUCUCCGUUCGCCGGGGAGAACGACCGCAGCUCGGUGCUUAACAUCAGGAACUACAACGUGGCCUUCCAGGAGAACAUGUUUGCUGAGGCCAAGGAGGCCAAGGGCUUCAUCAUUAAGCUGCUGGUCGCAGACCACCUGAGGCCUGAUACUCAGGAAUGCCUCCGCCACCCCUGGUUUAAGACACUUAGCAAGGGAAAGGCUUUGAGCACAGACUCCCUGAAGAAGUUUGUAUUUCGAAGAAAAUGGCAGCGAUCGCUAAUCACCUACAAAUCCAAGAUGGUCAUGAGGUCCAUCCCGGAGCUGUUGAACGACUCCACCAGUCACAUCUCCAUCGCGGUUCCCAGGAACCUCAAGGAGGGCUCCCCUCUGCCAUCGUCCUCCUCCGACUCCGACGAGGACAUUGACGAGCCGCCCUUCAUCCCGAUGCCGCUCCACAUGGAGUUCUCCGGCUCCAGGGUUUCCCUCAACGAGAUCCAGGGAGCUGAGCAGGACAACGGGAAGCACAACGGUGCCACCGACUGGUCUUCUGCCACCGCCAAUGAGCAGCCCAUGGAGUCGGAAUCCGGCGUUGCGGAGAAAGACUGUGUCGAAGUCUUUGCCGGCAGCAAGGGUCGCCUACGCAAGCGGUCCAAGCAGGAGAACGACAAGAGCUCCUCGGACGAUGAGCCGCCGGCCGAGCUGCCGCAGCGGUCCGAGCAGUCCCGGAGACCCCUGCGCCGGGGCUCCAGUGUGGAGUCGGACAAACCGGACAGCGGCCGCAGACGGGGGGAGCUCCGGCGGGGUGGCUCGGCCGACAGUGCCCUGCUGCUACGCAUCACACCCGAGGAAGGACAAGCCGGGGAGACCCCACCGGAGGAGGGAAGGAGAAUCCUCAAGAAGGCUGUGUCCAUGGAGCUGCCGAGGAGGAGCGCAAGCCCGGGCGGCGCCCACAUGAGCCAGGAGGACUACGCCAUGAAACUUGAGCAGAUGAGGCAGCGGCUGCUUCGAGGGGGCGCCGGGGACAAGAAGCUGAGCGGGCUGCGGGGGCCUCUGUUUGAGACAUUGGAAACGUCAGAGGGCUUCGCUCGCGGCCCGCGCUUGGGGCCGCCUCCCUUGAUCCGGGCGGUAUCCAGUGAGUGCUCCCCGAGGGAGGAGGCUCCGAAGCCAAAACUGCUCCGCAAAAGCGCUUCAUUUAGUCAGGGUGACACUGAGCCGAUCCCCCUGCACCGCCGCUCCGGAGCGCCUCUGGAGAUCCCCUUGGCCCAGGUAGAGCAGAGGAAACUCAAGGAGGCCAUGUCCAUGUCCUCGCUCACUGAGCAGCCGAAGCUGGACUCCCGUCCGGUGACGCCCAGAAACCCUUCACCCAGGCCACAGACCCCAGAGUUGGUUGUGCAGGAGAGUCCUACGAAAGCAGAGAGUGUGGAGUCCUUGAUGGAGAGAGAUGCGAAACUGGACGAGGCUAUGAGUGAGAAGACGGACGGUUUGACGACAGAUAGUAAUUUUGACGAGAGAUCAAGCACGAGUGGUUUCUCAGAGAAGGACAUGAGCAUAUCAGAAGACCAGAUGAUGGAAACAGAGUACACAGGGCAGAGGGAGCCGACACCACUUCCUCCUCCUCCCAUGGCCCAAAGCUCUGUGAUAGAAGAGGAAAUGGUAGAAGAAGAAAAAGAAGAGAUAAUAGGGGAAGUGGAGAAGAAGACUGUUAAUGUUCCAGAGGAGAAGGACAAAGGGAAUGAAGAAAUGGAAGAAGAAGAAAACAAAGUGAAUAUGCCUGAUAAAUCCUCUGAUACGCUCAUCCCCACAAACGCAGUUAUUGUGACACCUACACACGACCAUUCAAGGGUUCCCGGAAGUGUUGUCGCCCAACUUCCAGCACCUACACCUCCUGCUGUGGUUGUUCUUCCAGACGGAAGGAGGUCGGCAUAUGCUAGCAUCAUGCAGACCAUCAUGGUACCCGCAAUUACACCUGAAAAUGCAUCCUAUUCGUCGAACCCCUCUACUCCAAUCGCCGCUCAAGGAUCGUCAACUAUCCCAACGUCAACCCAAAUUAUUCAGCCACCUGCUGCUACUGCCCCGUCUCCUCUGUCACCUGUACCUACACCUACUCCAUCACAAGCACCUCCCCCUACUGAAACACCCUCUGCCUUCCCUGGUCGCUCAAAGCCAAUCAUUGUUUCAUCCAAUGAACACGCCGCUGUCUAUUCGCGAGUUGCAUCGCCCGAACUGAUCGCCAAAGAACCCAGUCCACCCCGCGCUGUCUCUGAGUCUCUGACACGGGAACUAAACGCCGGACACGACUUCCAGGACAUAACAUCUGAAGAAGUCUUCGAGGCACGCUUCAAAAAGCGUGAGUCGUCACUGACGAGAAGCUUUAAAUUCCUGACUAGAUCAAAGAACGAAGACAAACCGCCAGUGGUGGCCCCAGAUGCCACGGAGACGGGGGAAGACAUCUACCGCCCGGGUCCGGUCGGCGGUCCUCUGGAAUUCGCACCGAGGAGACUUGAGGAGAAGUCCAAGUCUGUCCUGGAUCUCCGUGAAGCUCAGAAGGACCAGGGCUUCAUGAAGAGGCUCUCCAUGCGUCUGAAGAGGACGCCGUCAGCCGAACGCAAAGAAGAACUGGCCAAGGAAGAAGAACAAGCUGCUUCGAAGCGCAGAAUGUCGUGGACGCUGGGGCGAAAGGGUUCUCAGGAGAAGAAGGAGGUGGAGAUGUCGAGGAUGGACGGUGGAGCUGAAGACGUGCAGCCUGAGUCAGAGGACAAGGAAGUGAAGAAACCCCAAGAAUCUCCGGUCCUGGCGAUGCGCAGGAAGAUCGAGUCGACAGUGGCGGGCAUCUCCACCAGGAUCCGCAGCUUCUCUGAGGAGCGGAAGGUGUCGGAUGAGAAGGAGCAAAAGCGCACGCCCAUCUUUUCGAUGCUUCGCCGUGCAGCCUCUGAGAAUCGCGGCGUCAAGACUGUGGUGGUGCCUUCGAACCAGCUGGCGGCUCAGACCAGUAACGGAGCCUCUUCGGAGUCCCUGGACUCCAUGUCCAGCCUCAAGUCGGACACGUCCAAGGUUGGAGAGGUUGAGCGCAGGUCGCGCUGGGAUCGCUGGGGCCUGACCAGAGGAAAACGGGACAAGACCGUUUCACAGCCGGACAUUCCUACCGCUAUCACCAGAGACAGCAGUGGUCUACGGACACGCCAGUACUCUAAGCUGGCAGCCGACUUUGCUCCAGUGUUCCACAUCAAGCUGAGAGACCAUGUGCUGCUGGAGGGAGACCCAGUCACUCUCAGCUGCCUGCCUGCAGGAAGCCCACACCCCCACAUCGCCUGGGUCAAAGAUAAGAGGGCCCUGGAGAUCGACGCCCGGAUGAACCUGAUCUCCUGCCCCGACGGCCGGCAGCUCCUGAUGAUCAUGCAGACCACCAAGAAGGACGCGGGGCUGUACGAAUGUGUGGCCACCAACCCUCUGGGCGCCGUGUUCAGCUCCUGCACCAUCUCCCUGGCCCGCCUUCCCAAUCGCCCAGGGACCCCUGAGAUCCCCCAGAAAUACAAGGACACAGCUCUGGUGGUGUGGAGGCCCUCAGACAACCUGGCUCCAUGUACCUACUCUCUGGAGAGGAAGGCAGAGAGAGAAAGCUUGUGGCUCAUCGUGGCUACAGGGGUGGCCGACUGCUACUUCAACGUGGUUGACCUGCCAGCAGGGUUAUCCUUCCGCUUCCGGGUGGCGUGUGUGAACAAGGCAGGCCAGGGCCCGUACAGCAACCUCUCUGACCAAGUUUGUCUGGAUCCAACAGAACCGCCCAAAACCAGCAGCACGCCCGUGGUGGUCAAAACGGCACCGGCCGCCACCCCUCCCGUGGUGAUGACUUCAUCCAUGACCGUGACGCCCAUCAAACCGGCUCAGAGCAAACCCAUGGUGACCACUACCCAGACCGCCACCGCUACCCCCACAGUCACCCUCGCCGCCCCAACCGUCCCCACCGUCACCACGGCAAAGCCCCCCACCGCCCGGCCCGCCCCCAUCACCAGGACAACCCCGUCGCCCACCGUGGUCGUGUCGGCGGCUAAAGCGGUGUCCCCCGCGCCCAGCGCACCCACCCGCCCAGCGCCUGCCCCCAGUCCGACCCCUACCCCUGUCACUGCGGCCCCCGUGGCCCAGCCCAGCCCCCCAGUCAAAGCCAAGACCACCCUCAACAUCAACAUGGGUGGCCCCAAGGCCAAGCUGGCUCCGCCCCCCAUCGUCCUGCCCAAACCGAGGAGCCCCGUCUCAAUGUCGCCGCCCCCUUGUGUCACCUCAUCCACACCCGCCCCCGCCCCCGCCAUCGGGAAGCCCAUCUCCUCUGUGCCCAUGUAUCGCGCCACUCCCCCCACCUCUCUGGCCGUAACCUCGGUUACGACCAUCUCCCCUACCCCCACCCCCACCCCCAUCACCACCAUCACCAUCACCUCCACCGCCGCACCUGCUCUACCCCCGGUCAUCUCCCCACCCGUGGUGCUGGUGUCAAGGUUGUCGCCCAUGGCUGGCCCCCAGGGGGGUGUGGACCCCCACGGGCCCCCGUCCGGCAGGGUCACCCCCUCUGGACGAGCCACCCCGUCGGGACGCAGGACGCCCCUGGGACGGCCCGGAGAGGGGCCUCUUCGCCAGGGAGUGCCCCAGAAGCCCUACACGUUCAUGGAUGAGAAGGCCAGGGGCCGCUUUGGGGUGAUCCGCGAGUGCCGGGAGAACGCCACUGGCAACUUGUUCAUGGCCAAGAUCGUGCCGUACGAGGCGGACACCAAGCAAUCGGUGCUGCAGGAGUACGACAUCCUCAAGUCCCUGCACCACGAGAAGGUGAUGGCCCUGCACGAGGCCUAUGUCACGCCGCGCUACCUGGUGCUCAUCGCAGAGUGCUGCAGUGGCAAGGAGCUGCUCUACAGCCUCAUCGACCGGUUCCGCUACUCUGAAGACGACGUGGUGGCCUACAUCAUCCAGAUCUUGCAGGGGCUAGACUACUUGCACACGCGCCGCAUCCUGCACCUGGACAUCAAGCCGGAGAACAUCAUAGUCACCUACAUGAACGUUAUCAAGAUCAUCGACUUCGGCAGCGCCCAGAGCUUCAACCCCCUGUUCCUCAAGCAGUUCAGCCCCCCCAUCGGCACACUGGAGUACAUGUCUCCAGAGAUGGUGAAGGGGGAUGUGGUAGGUCCUCCGGCAGACAUCUGGAGUGUGGGCGUGCUGACUUUCAUCAUGUUGAGUGGAAGGUCACCUUUCAUGGAGAAUGACCCCCAGGAGACGGAGGUCAGGAUCCAGGCCGCCAAGUUCGACCUCUCCAAACUCUACCAGAAUGUAUCCCAAAGUGCCUCUCUAUUCCUCAAGAAGAUCAUCUGUAGCUACCCCUGGGCCCGGCCGGCUAUCAAGGACUGCUUCAGCAACUCGUGGCUGCAGGACGCCUACCUGAUGCGGCUUCGCAGACAGACACUCACCUUCACCACCACACGCCUCAAGGAGUUCCUGGCGGAGCAGCAGAGGAGGCGCGAGGAAGGGGCCACCAAGCACAAGGUCCUUCUGCGGUCCUACUCCUCCACCGGCCCUCCCAGCCCUAACGUGCAACCACCCAGCGCUACUACCAUGAUGACCGCGGCCCCCCCCACUCCCGUCAGCCCCUAAGCUAACUAGCGGGGCUCAGGGUGUUGUCAUUCAGAGCAAAGGAAAUACCUAGCUCGUUGGAGAGCAAAGUGUUACAGGUACUGUCGUUGGUGGGCCCAAGAACUGGCUUUGUGGGUGAAGGACACGGCGAUACAAACAAGAAACAAGAACUUUGGUCGCUUAGAAAAAUGGGAUUGUUGUAAUGUUUUCUGGAAGGCCAAAGUCACUUUGGGAAAGAAAACAAUGAACCGGGUUUGAGGAAAAGUAGUAGGCUAUGAUGAUACCAGUUAGAAUGUCAAAGAAAAAAAACAUUUCAUGAACGAGUACUUUAUUUUAAUUCAAGUUCCUGUGCUAGUACCUCAACGAUUGUACCUAUGCCCUUUAUAUACAUUUUCGACAGGAACAGUUGCAACCCUUUUUGGUAUGCACUUUUCAAAUCAACAAUUUGGAAUAUAUAUAAUUUUAAGCCUGUGGAGCUAUGCCAAACAUUUUAAGUUACACCUAGGGCACUAGAGUUUAAGUUUGGCCUGGGGUUAAGAUGUUGUGAAGAUUAUAUACAUUAGUUCCUCCCAGAAAAGUAGCAUAUCAUCCAUUGGGUACAACUUGCAUUGAUUUCAGUUUGUUAAAUGAAACUUUGGUUAGAAAUGUAUUAUGUAAGUGUACUUUUACACAAGUGCUAUCCAAGAAGACAAUAGAAAAAAACGACGUCAGUAUUAAAAUAUUUAUUGUAUAAAUAUUUUUAGUGUGAACAAAAUCUAGGGCCAUUUACAAGGCUUAUAUGAAGAGUUGAUUUGAACAGUUUGCACACAAGGGAAACGUUAGGGGAUGUUAGGGACGUAACAGGGAUUGUAUCGGACAUGAACAGCACUGUCAAUCAUGUUCCCGUAAUCUUUGUUCUUAUGAAGCAUAUGCCGGUUUGUAGGAUUUUCCAAAUAAGUACCUCACAAGGUUACACAGUGUGGGGAUGAUAUUAACAAGGGCUCACCGUUAAAAACAAAGCUUUUGCUCAAUGCAAAAAUGUUAGAAGGAAAACUUUUAUUAGACAAUUACUUUUUUUAUUCCUUUUUUCUCAGAUCAAUGGAAUGAAAGAAUUUCCCUUGGCUAUAAAAUAUAGGGUAAAACAACAGGACACAAUCUUUGUAAGCAUUCUGUACAGUUAUCAAUUGAUUGUUGAAGACAAUUUUGGACUGUUUCUAGUAAACUACCCGACAACAGAACAAUUAAGAUAUCAAUUCAACUAGCGCAACAAAUUAUCUGUCAAUUGAUUAAGGAUUUUAAAAUGUGACAGAAAUGUCUCAUGAGUAUGAGUGGUUUUAGGGUAGCUCCCAAGUGCCCUUAAUGUGUAAGCAUCAGUCAUAAUGAAACCAUUUUCCAAUGUUAGGGCUGAGAGAUUUCGAUUGUAGGUUGUAUUUUUGUCACAAUACUAACCCUUUUUAAAGAACAAUUAUGACUACUUUGUAGUUACAUUUAAAUAAUCAAAAUAACACAAAUUAGAAAGAUAGUGUAGAUACAUCAUGGCUGUUUUUAAAAUACCUUUGUCAUGCAAGAGGAAAUAAAAAAAGUAUAUUAUCGGCAUGUGAAACCUUUCUGGUGUUACAUGUUUACAUUUUAAUGUCACAACUUCACACAUUUAAUGAGAGAUAUAAAUUAGCAAAAAGAAAAAUAAAUGGCCAGUUUUGCUAUAAAAUCGUUUUAAACUUCAAUUUGGCUGAUUUUAUAUUUAAAAUAAUUUAUAAUGAUUUCAGUGCUUAGGUGCAAUUGUCACUGCCAUUGUCUUCUUUUAAAAAAUUAUAUUGAUUUAAAUUUAAAGUAGAACAGUGCCGGUCCUCUACACCCCAGACGAGAGAGUGAGAAUACAUUGGGGUGUAAUAUCAGUGAGACUGCCCUACCCUCAUAUGAAUUUCGUUACUUGGUUAUGUGACAGGAAUUUUGAUACAACCUGAUAACAGGGCUUCCAGAUGCCAAAAAAAUGAUAUGAUUGCGAGAAGCAGUACAUUUUGUAAAUCCAUUUUGUAAAGCCCUUGCAGGGCUUCAAGUGAUUGAUAUCAGACCCCCUUCCCAAAAAAGUAAAAUGAUAUAGUUUCGUAAGUGAAAGAGGAUUAUCGGUUUUCCUGUUCAGAUCAUAGAUCAGAUCUUCGUGUUUGCAUUUGUUCGUUUAUUUAUUGAGUGAUUGUAUUUGGCCUCAAUUGAACUCCCUUUGUUUUGGUGAAGCUGAAGAGCUCUGGCAUGUAGUAAGCAUGACAGCUGUCACACUUUGCCCAAUAAAUAGCACAUGGAGUACA